UAUUCUUUGUCAACACACUUCAUCUUUGCGUGGUCUGUGUUUGUGUUCAUUUGCAGUUUGACCCGGAGAAUUCGGGCUUCAUCAGUACGGAGCGGUUCAGGGACCUGCUGGCGACCUACGGCUCUGAGCUCGACCCACACAAACUGGAAGUCCUAUUGGCCCUCGCCGAUGGCAACGCCGACGGGAAGAUCUGCUACCAAGACUUUGUCAACCUGAUGAGCAACAAGCGCUCCAACAGUUUCCGGAGGGCCAUCCUGCAGGGGAGCAGGCAGCUAAAGGGCUGCAGUCUGGGAGAUGAGGCAACCUUGGGGCUGUCUCAGCGUCUGGUCCGACACGUCGCCUACGAGACGCUGCCCCGCGAGGUCGACCGCAAGUGGUACUUCGACAGCUACACCUACUGUCCCCCGCCCUGGCUCAUCCUGGCUAUUACCAUUGCUGAGGUAGCCGUGUUCAUGUACUACGGGUUCCAGCUGGACCGCUUGGUCCUGCAGGUAUCAAGCCCGUCCUUCCUAAAGAGCCCCUUACCGUACCACCCACAGCUGCGAGCGCAGGCCUGGAGAUACCUCAGCUACAUUUUCAUGCACACUGGGAUUGAACACCUGAGCCUGAACAUGGCCAUGCAGCUGCUGGUGGGAGUCCCUCUAGAAAUGGUCCACGGAGCCCUGCGCAUUGGACUGGUCUACGUGUGUGGUGUGCUGGCAGGGUCCCUGGCGGUAUCUGUCACCGACAUGACGGCUCCGGUGGUCGGCUCAUCCGGGGGAGUGUACGCUCUGGUCUCGGCACAUUUGGCCAAUGUGGUGAUGAAUUGGUCGGGAAUGAAGUGUCAGUUUAAGUUAUUCCGGAUGGCCAUGGCUCUGGUUUGCAUGAGCGUGGAGUUUGGUCGGGCGGUGUGGCUGCGCUUCUACCCACCGGCCUUUCCUCCGUGCCCCAAUCCCAGCUUCGUCGCUCACCUGGGAGGGGUGAUGGUUGGGCUGACGCUGGGUGUGGUGGUCCUGCAGAACUACGAGCAGCGACUCCAGGAGCAGUCCCUGUUCUGGAUCUUCUUCUGCGUCUACACCUUGUUUGUGCUCUGCGCCGUCUUCUGGAACAUCUUUGCCUACAGCUUGCUCGACGUGCGACUGCCCCCGCCGCCUUAA